AUGGGCAGUUCCGACCUCGCAUGGUCUGGCUUCAUUAGCAUCGUCAGCGGAAUUCGAGCCCGUUUCCCGCGGAUUCUGGCAACGACGCCACUCCAGUUGCCAGCCACGGCUGCCCCGCCUGCCUCGCCCACCCAAUUGGUCUGCGUGGGACUCGGUCACGACUUUCUCGCCGUCGCCUGGCAACCUCCACACGGCGAGAAGUAUGCGAUCAGCUCGUACAUGGGCAAACUGACCUCGGCGAAGACCUCCUCCAGCUUUCGAACUUGGCCUGACCAGCGCAGUCACAAAUUCACGCAACUGAAGCCGGCCGAGGAGUACGAGAUCACGGUCCUGGCAAUCGUUGAUCCGAAUAUCCAAGGCCUUGGGGGCGGAAUCGGACCCUACCUCGACCCACCUCUGAAAGUGUCCACCUUACCCUCGAGUGAGCUUCUGUCUUCACGACGCCGAUGCAGCUCAUUUCGGCUCUCGAGUCUCUGUCCCACUUGGACUCUCCAGACAGGAUUUGAGCCCAUCGCCCCUUUGACUUCAUCCCAGUCGAACCUGUCAGAGCCGGAAAUUGUUGAUAAGACUCGUUUCGUUUGUACACUUGUCCGCUUGUCCGCUUGUCCGCCUCAAUCGGACCCCUCCUUUUGCACUUCUCGACAAAGUGAGCUAACUUCGAGGCGAUAUUGGACGAUGCACGAAUUGCUGUCUUUGCACAAAACUCGGGACAGUGCAAGGAUCAUGCAUCGCUCUGGGGCACAUGGUCUUGUUGGCCAUCUGCAAAUGGUACAGCUCCAGUUUGUAGAUCAAGCGUGA